AUGUCUUCAGAAAUAAUCCAAGAUCCAACUGGAUUUAGUAAAUCAUUUAGAUCUACAUAUUCAAAUGAUACCAAUAAUGAGUUUUACUUCCACAUCAUCAAUUACUCCAAUCAACAAAUAAUCAAUAUCUCAAUUAAUGGGUUGUUGGAUACCACAUUUGAAUUACCCGUAUCUACAAAAUCAACCAUCAACUACAUAUCAUCAAUGGAAAUACAAAAUGAUGGAUAUGACGAAGAAGAUGAUCGAGAAAGAGAAGUGAUUCCUGAACCGGUGCUAUUGAUUGGAGACCAUGCAAAUAUGAAACUACUGAUUGUGGCUAGUCAAAUAAGUAAAAUUAUCAGUGUGACUAGCCCCAAACCUACAAUCUUAUCAAUUGGAUCAAAAUGGUUUGGAAAAGGAGAUGAAGUACAUGACGAUGAUUUUGAUAGAUUAAUGUUCAUACUAGAAAAUGUGAAAAAGUUGUUCUAA